AAAAGAGAAAGCAUUUGGGUGGGAUAAUUCUGGGCUGAGAGAGAGAGAUGUUGAAGGAUUGGAGAGUGGCGGCGGCGGUCUUCAGCCUCUGCAUUUUGGGACCGAGGCCCAGUUCCGUUGAUGCUGUCACAGACCCAUCAGAAGAAGUGCAAAUUUGGGAGCAGAUUGUGGGCUUAAGAAUUUGGAGAGGAGUUAUCUAAUGAUGAAACUUGCUUCCUUGUAGUAGAAGUGCAAAGCCACUUGCUUUAUGGCCUACCUUUGGUGAUCUGCUGCUCUGAGGGUCAUGUAUAGCAGUUUAAAUUCUCCUCCUCAGCUAACCCAAUGGAGUUCAACUGGUGAUGACCCAUGUGGCCAGUCUUGGAAAGGCGUUACUUGCACAGGAUCCCGAGUGACAGAAAUUAAAUUGUCUGGGCUUGGACUUUCUGGAUCGAUGGGGUACAGUCUCUCAAGUUUGACCUCGUUAAUCAGCCUAGACAUGAGCAAUAAUAAUCUUGGAGGCGAGAUACCAUAUUCACUUCCUCCAAAUGUGUCACAACUGAAUCUUGCUUAUAAUACAUUUAAUAAAGGCAUCCCUUAUUCCAUUUCUCAGAUGGCUUCUCUUAAAUACCUAAACAUCAGUCACAAUCAACUACAGGAACAACUGUUUGACGCCUUUGGACAACUUUCUUCCCUCUCUACAUUGGAUCUCUCGUUCAAUUCUCUGCCUGGCAACCUCCCACAGAGUUUCAGCUCCCUCUCAAGUAUGACCUCAAUGUAUUUGCAAAACAACCAGUUUACAGGCAAUAUUGAUGUCCUUGCCAAUCUUCUCCUGGAGAAUCUGAAUAUUGAAAAUAACCAUUUCACUGGCUGGAUUCCUAAACAAUUGCAAAACAUUAAUCUGCAGAAAAAUGGAAAUUCAUGGAGCUCAGAGCCUGCACCCCCACCUCCACCUGGUACACCUCCAGCCAGAAAAAGACCAAAUCACAAAUCUGGUGGCAAUGAAAGCCCAUCAGAUGGUUCGGGAGGUGGCAACAAACCAGGAAUAGGAGGCGGUGGCAUAGCAGGAAUAGUCAUAUCCAUCUUUAUUGUUGGGGCAAUAGUUGCAUUCUUUUUAAUGAAGAGAAGAUCUAGGAGGCCAUUGUCAGAUAUUGAGAAGCUUGAUAAUCAGCCCUUUGCUCCUCUUGCUUCAAUUGCAGUCCAAGAAAUGAAGGUGGUACAAACUUCUUCCGUAAUCAAGACACAUUCUUUUGAUACUAAUGCCUCAAUAAAUCUUAGACCCCCACCCAUCGAUCGUCACAAAUCAUUUGAUGAAGAUUGUUUCCCACAGAAGCCCAUUGUUGCCAAGAAAGCUAACAUAGCUCCUAUAAAUGCAACAUCAUAUUCAGUAGCAGACCUGCAGAUGGCUACUGACAGCUUCAGUGUAGAAAACCUUCUGGGUGAGGGGUCUUUUGGACGUGUUUAUCGAGGUCGAUUUGAUGAUGGGAAGAUUCUUGCUGUGAAGAAAAUAGAUUCAUCUGCCCUUCCUGCUGAAUUGUCAGAAGAAUUCACAGAGAUGGUUUCAAACAUCUCCCAGCUGCAUCAUCAAAAUAUAACAGAGCUAGUUGGUUAUUGUUCAGAGCAUGGGCAGCAUCUGCUAGUUUAUGAGUUCCAUAAAUGUGGCUCACUUCAUGACUGCCUGCAUCUAUAUUAUGAUUACAGCAAACCGUUGACAUGGAACUCCCGCGUCAAGAUUGCUUUGGGGACUGCACGUGCAUUGGAGUACCUACAUGAAGUUUGCUCUCCAUCUGUAGUUCACAAGAAUAUCAAGUCAGCCAACAUUUUGCUGGAUGCAGAACUGAAUCCUCACCUGUCAGACUCUGGCCUGGGAAGCCUUUUCCCAAAUGCAGAUCAGAUUUUGAGCCGGAAUGCAGGAUCUGGAUACAGUGCACCUGAGGUUGACAUGUCUGGUCAGUCUACUCUUAAGAGUGAUGUUUACAGUUUUGGAGUGGUGAUGUUGGAGCUUCUUAGCGGGCGUAAACCAUUCGAUAGCACGAGGCCAAGAUCUGAGCAGUCCUUGGUUCGGUGGGCAACACCUCAGCUCCAUGAUAUUGAUGCUCUUGGAAAAAUGGCUGAUCCGGCCCUUGAAGGGCUCUACCCUGUUAAAUCUCUCUCACGGUUUGCUGAUGUCAUCGCACUUUGCGUCCAGCUGGAGCCUGAGUUCCGACCGCCUAUGUCAGAAGUGGUUCAAGCGCUUGUUCGUUUAGUGCAACGAACGAACAUGAGUAAGAGAACAAUUGGAAAUGACCUAGGAGCAUCCUCCCAAAGAGCCAUCAACCCAGACACGCACGAGUGAAUCCAUACCUCCAAUGUCUGCAAAAUUUUUCUUUGAUAAAACAGAGCAGAAACAGCAAAGUUUCUUGGUUUUUCUUCUUUUUCCUUCUUUUUUGCUUUCUACUCCCUGAAUGUAGCUUGUACAUACUAGUUAUUUAGCCUGCUGCACCUGCACCAUUUGUUACCUGAAGUAGAAGCCUGUGCUAUAUGUUUGUUGACAUUAUAUAUGGUUAAGCAUUAUAUCAAUUACUGAAAAGUUUUAAAAAAUGGAACCGGGUGCUGAAACUGACUGCGAUGUUAAUCGUGCAAAUGGAAAGACCUGCAGUCCUGAGUGAGUGAGUCCAGCAUAAAUAUGGCAUUUCCGAAGGGGACAGACAGAUUUUGGAAGCCAUGCUUGGACUCUACAACAUGAGCAAAGUGGUACCAACUUAUGGCUGAAAACAUUACAGUACCAUCUGAAUGGUUGCUUUCUCGCCCUUCUUACAAUUUGAGUGGCUAGCUUUUUCGUUCAUCAAUCCAACGCACAGUUGAGCCGAACUUGUACCCGUCAAUGUUGCAAUCCAAAAGUGAUAUGGAGUCUGGACACCACAAUUAGAUUAUAUAGCUUGGUUAUCCAUAAAA